AUGAUGGUCAGAUGUGGAGCAUUCGGUUCCGUUAAAGAAGUGAAAUGUAUAAAAGAUCCAUUGCCUGAUUUUCUCAUUGUCCCAUCAUCGUCAGCUGAUACAAAUAUCAAAUCAGUAUCAUAUCGUGUCGCUUUAAAAAUUAUUAACAAAAAAUGUGCCCAUAAAAUGAAACAAGAAGAACAUGUUGUCAAUGAAAAACGUAUAUUACAAGCAUUGCACUUUCCCUUUAUAAUUAAAUAUUACUUUUCAUUUAAAGACAAUACCAAUUUAUAUAUUGGUCUAGAAUUAAUUGAAGGUGGAGAAUUAUUUCCACAUUUAAGAGAAGCCGAACGAUUUGACGACAAAAAAGCAAAAUUUUAUUCAGCACAAAUAACACUUGCUCCGGAAUAUUUACAUUAUCUAGGUUCUGAAAACGAUCUGUUUCCGGCACGUUAA